UUGGGUGCCCUGCACUGACGGUCUCGCGCUCUCCAGGAGAUUGAGAGCAGACCUGCCAGCCCCUCAACUCCACUGACUUCCUGCAGUCAGCAAUUCCAUCCCAAAAGGGAAAAAAAGUGGAAGGAAGAAUUUUACAAACUGUUCUAAAUAAGGCGCUCUGAACAACAACCCCCAUUUGGCCGCCUGCUACCCAACCCACUCGAACCUCGGCGAUUGCGCUUAGCCUUCCCUUGUUAAAGAAAGUGUGUCUGCAAGUUACCACUGCAUAUUCUGGAGACGAAAAUGUGGUCUGCAUUCUAAUCAAGUUUAAAAGAUAUCCAGAUGCACGAGAAGAUCCAUAACACAGAGGAUACAACUGUCGCUUAUCGUUCUGCAUGAACGUUAAAUUAGUGUGGCACUAUACAGAACCUGAAGACAGCUGGGCUACUAACUUCGGUCUUUCCUGGACUGUUGCAUUUUCGAGGUCUUUUUUCAUGUAUUGGAAAAAUGAAGUUUUGGCCCCUCUACCUGAGGGAAAUAAAUUUCUAUCCGAAGGAAUUCCAGUGAAACAGGUAAUUUCUGCAGGAACACAGAGUACACCAGGAGCUUCGCUCUGUUUGGAAGCCAAACACGCGCAGAUAAUGUCUCACUCCGAUGGAGAAUCUCACAGGUCGAAUAUGGAAAAGGACGAUGCACGCUCUUCCCCGAGUCCUCCGUCAACUCCGUCUGUAUGCUCUCCUACAUCAUCCUCGUCCUCUGUGCCGUCCACUGGGAAGAACGUGUGCGCAAGUUGCGGAUUGGAGAUUCUGGAUAGAUACCUUCUCAAGGUAAACAACUUAAUCUGGCACGUGAGGUGUCUGGAGUGUUCAGUGUGCAGGACGUCGUUGCGUCAACACAGCAGCUGCUACAUCAAAAACAAAGAGAUCUUCUGUAAAAUGGACUAUUUCAGUAGGUUUGGGACAAAGUGUGCCCGCUGCGGACGACAGAUCUACGCCAGCGACUGGGUGAGGCGGGCAAGAGGCAACGCCUACCACCUGGCCUGCUUCGCCUGCUUCUCCUGCAAGAGGCAGCUCUCUACUGGCGAGGAGUUUGGCUUGGUAGAGGAGAAAGUGCUCUGCAGGAUCCACUAUGACACCAUGGUGGAGAACCUCAAACGGGCCGCAGAGACCGGAAGUGGGAUCACUCUGGAGGGUGCGGUUCCUUCGGAGCAGGACAGCCAGCCCAAACCAGCCAAAAGAGCGCGCACCUCCUUCACUGCCGAGCAGCUGCAGGUGAUGCAGGCGCAGUUUGCACAGGACAACAACCCCGACGCCCAGACGCUGCAGAAGCUGGCGGACAUGACGGGCCUGAGCAGGCGGGUGAUACAGGUCUGGUUUCAAAACUGCAGAGCAAGACACAAAAAGCACACCCCCCAGCACAGCGGACCCCCCCAGGGCCACCCUCAGUCUCGGAUGCCCCCCUCCCUGCCGGACGACCUGCAUUACUCUCCCUUUGGCAGCCCUGAGAGAGCGCGCAUGGUGGCGCUGCACGGAUACAUCGAGAGUCACCCCUUCUCCGUGCUGACAGCACAGACCCUCCCCCACCAGGCUAUGGCUUUGCCCCAGCUGCCCCUCAGCCGCUAGCACCACCCAGGAUGUACCCUCCCCCAGUCCACCCCUACCCCUGACCCCUGGGUACCAACUUCCCUUCCCAAUCCAGCCCUGACCCCAGGAAACGGAGGGCAUCUCUGGCUCAGUGAUGGACAGGAAAGACGUUCCCCACCUCUGGCUGGCCCCACGCACUGGGUAUUCCCCACACACACCAGGGCUCUCCUCUGCACUCAAGCUUAGCAGGACAGGACCUCUUCUUCCCACAUUUGGGCAGACUGGAGGAAUUCACACACCACGUCUGCCUUUGGUUUCACUUUGGAAGAAAUGCCACUGGUGAAAUUGGGACUUGUUAAACAAGGCCAAGGAGUCUACGCAUCCACGCUGAUAAUCACCUUUCUCUUGCUGUGCACGCUCAAUCUGGGAUUCUUUUCAGCAUCUUGUGCUCUAUCCUCCUCUGACUCUGGUGAGGAGAGAGGGGACACACCCACUGACAGUGAAGAUCACCGUUUCAAGUGAGCUGUCAGUAUUCUAACAAAUGAAGAGAAGAAAGAAUUGUGAUGACACAAGGCUCAGUUUGGCUCAGCGUUGGACACAGGUAAGAAAAUGCCCCUCUCUUUCUCUGGAACAAAAUGCUUUUUGAUGGAACUCGUUUUUGAGUGUGACAACAUUGUUAGAGAAAUGUUGAGUAUCAGAUUACAUUAAAUGUUGCCUUAGACAUCAAUGGGACAAAAAUUCACCUGGAAAUAAACACAGUAUGGACAGAACACAGGCUUUCUUGUUUAUGUAUAAUAUAGUGCAUUGCCAAUGUAAGCUCACGUUCCCCCACCACAGGACACCUCUGUCCUUCGCUCACUCACAAAGCUGGAGCCAUCACUGAUGCUGCACAUACUUAUCAUUAAUAAGUCCCAAUAUUUUUUUUCUGCACUGGAAAGGAAAUGUUGUUUGGUCCGAUGACAGUUUGUUGAAGGUAUUGAAAUUUUCUAUUUGUAGGCAGGUAAAUGUGGGAACAGAGGGCACAUUUAUCAUCUGUUUUCUGUUCAAAUGAAAUCUAUUUGGCAUUUUCUGUAUCUAUAAAUAGAUUCAAUCUGGUGGCAAAUCCAGACCUAUGAUUUGAAAGAUCGGGACACUCUGCAAUCCCUGGUACCUACAGAACAGCACUGGAUUUUUAAUUACUUCUGCAUUUUGCUUAAAAGUUAAUUUUCAUAUUUCAAGGUACUAGGGACCCAGUCUUUUCUACUUCCUGUCAGCUGUUUUCUUCUUGCAAUCAGUUUCCAUCAGAGGGAAACAAAUCUAAUUAGCAAGUUAAAUAAUUUGAGGUUCCUGUGGUAAUCAAAGCAAAUGACAAGUGACUGCAAAGAUCACUAAAAUAAAAAAAUUUAAAUGAAAUAUUUAGCAUGCAUAUUAUGAAAUGGAUUUGUUGGUCAAAAAAUACAAUAAAAUCCAAAGAAAAUUAACCCCAGGGUUUGUGGAGCCAUGACCAGAAAAAAAGAAUAGAAUAGGAAGACCUAACUACAGAUUGUAUGAAUGCAUCACAUGCUAAUGUUGCAGAAAAUUAUAAAUCUUGGUCUAGAAACUCAUCACCUUUUGUGCUAAGAUGUCUACCUUCCAGUGUAUCACUUCAUCACAACCAAAUGAAGCCAACUUACAGAUAAUGUGAAUAAAUAUUUCAAUGGCAAAUAUUUGUCAAUUUACUUUUGUUGGUUUUUCACUUAUGGUACAUUUCAUCAACAAGGCUAAAUGCAAACCUGGUCAAUAACAUUACACGUAUCUUCUGAACUGUCUCCAAGUCAAUUUGUUUAUUUUAUUGUUCUUAGUAGGAAGAUGUCCUGUGUCUAGUCAUGAUAUCUAUGAAAAUUUAAAUUUUGCUCCUUUGAUUUUAUUCUAUUGUAAAAAAAAAAAAAAAAAAAAAAAAACUGUAAUGGAAAACAAGGUGUUUUACUCGCUGGACAUCAUAGAAAAUGCUAAUUAACCGCCCGUUAUCAUUACACAAAGCUCUUAAGUGUCUGAAAUGAAAUGUUGUGUAUCUGUGCGUGUUUUUACAUGUGUCUGUGCACGCACUUGUGCAAACAGAGUGCAAUUCACACUUAACAGAAUUUAAAGUAAAUCAGAUUUAAUGUCAAGUCUCAAUGCGGAGAUUGCUUGUAAUUGUUUAAUGUUAAAAUAAAACAAUGACCAGACGGAGCAAGCUUGCAGUGAACAAUUUACAGAAAAAUGGCAGAACAGGGGCAGCAAUUUCAUCUCUGAGAAUAUUUACCUCUCAUCAUUUUAAUUUAGCUAUAUAUUUCAAUCAUGAGAAUAUGGUCGACAGUGUUUAUAUUUACAAGGUCGAAAAAGCAGCAAAAACGGGAACCACAGUAAAUAUGAUCUAAAUGCAUUUACUGUGAAAUUAUCAGCAAAAUCUCUAGCUAACAGAUGUGGCCCAUUAUUUGAUGGAUGGACUCAUCAGUGAAGAAAAUUAUUGUUUCUGAGAACUAGGAGUGAAUCUUCUCAAUAUCAUGUAUUCAUUAAUGGGAGAACCCAACCGAAAUGCAAGUUAAGCAUUGAUGUUUAAAUGGUCAGUGUGGGCAUUAGGCUGCUGCUUGCUGAGGAUUGACCAAUCUUUACAAACUGCAGAAGUUCUUUACAUUGUUGUGAUGCUUUCAAACUAGGACAUUUUGAGUGCCUUAUUUAUUAAAUUAUUCAAAAACACAUUCUAUUUGUUUGCAUCUUUGAAUUAACAGCAAUGGACUCCAUACUAGCAUGAAGCACAGAACAAUUAUGAAAAGUAAUAUAUGUUUACAUAAAUAUGAAAUCACAAGGAUUAUCUAUUUUAUGUGUGAAAAUAUGAGUCAUUUAUUAAAAUAUAUGAAGUGCUUAAUUUUUAUUUAAAUUAAAACAUUAAAGCAUUACAUUAUGAAUUUAUUAUGCAGUGAAUUAUAAUUUUACAGUAACAGAUACUUGUGAAAAGUGAAAUAUGAAAUUAGCAAUAAUUUAUAUAUAUUUAAUACUUGGCUCAUAUUUUAACAUGUAGUCAAAUGAGUCAUUAAACUAUUAUAUUUAUUAAUAUUAAACAUAUGUUACUUUUGAUUUGGGAUGAAUUUGGGAGUACAGAGAUCCCAUCUCAGAGAGAUCUGCGCAAUGACAGUGAGAAACUCCAUGAACAUGCUCAGUCACAAAGAGAGAGAGAGAGAUACGGAAAGAGAGAGAGACUGAACUCAAUAUAAAAUAAAGCCUUCCUUCUCACCUUGUAAAAAUUGAUUGAAACCCCAUUGCAUGUACUGUUACAUGUAAGGCAUUAUUUUAUCACAUCACAAUGGCUCUUGUUAAUUUAUGUCUUGGUGGGAUUUUGAAUCGGUAGUUCCCUGAAGUGUCUUUCCUGUAUGCUUCAUCCCCAGUGGGGAAAGUGGUACAACGACGGUGGAGUGGGGAUGUAUAUAGAUGUUUAUGGCAGUCUGUGUGCCAGAGGAACCGAGUUGUGUGAAACUGUAUCAUUGUGUCUUGGCUGUGGAGUGGGAAAUAUGAUCCUGUGUUUACGAGGGGAGACCAGGCCUCAACGUUCCUGUAUUUAUUGAGACUGAAAAUAGCCUGUAAGCACUUUUUUCCACAAAUGUCUGUUUUGAUAAAAAAAAAAGGUAAUUCCAUUUAUUGUGCAUUAUAAAUGUCUUUUGUGUACUAAAUGCAAUAAAAUUGAAUUUAAAACUAACAA